UCUCUCUCCUCCUCUUUCUUUUUUUCUUUCUCUCUUUUGUACGCGUGUCUCGGUCAGUUUCGAGAAAAGUCGAACUCUGACUUUUCGAAAGGAACAGUCAGGAUUCACGCAAAGACACAUGCGGAAUUCGAGAUCGGUUCGUGUCAUUACCGGAGAAUGGACCGUGGAUCUAAUUAAGAGGAUGCGUGAUCCUCUCGAAAGGUAGUAGAUCGCGAGAACAAAAAGUGGAGGAAGAACAAACGGAGAAGAGAGAAGAGAGACGAGGACAGUUAAAGAAGACGAUUAACGAGAACAGUGAAGUUGUCAAACGUCAUCGACGGUGGACUUUUAUUUCUCUCUCUCUCUCUCUCUCUCUCUCUCUCUCUCUCUCUCUCUCUCUCUCUGUUUCUCUCUCUUCUCUUUCUUUCUAUCGCUCGGUGUCUAUCAUUGACAUUUCCGUGACAUUUUAACAGUGUGCGCGUGUUUAGAGACGAGCGAGCGUAACCCGCGGUCGCGCUUGCGCGAGAAAUCGUUCGCUCGUUUGUCGCAUCGUAUCUAUUGAAAAGAAAUAAUCGUAGGAGUGAGAGAGAGAGGAGAUUAAAAAAAAAGGGAGUUGAAGGGAGGAUUAAUCUAUUAAGAAUUUAGUCAAAGUAUAUACGAAGAGUGGGAAAAGAGAGAAGCGGGAGGGAGGGAGGAGAGGAGAGAACAAGAGAAGAAGAACAAAAAGAAGGACAAAAAAGAAAAAGAAGAAAAGAAGAAGAAGAAGAAAAAGAAGAAGAAAGACAAAGCCGUGGAGUUGGUGGGAUAUUAUUCGAUGACGCGAAUUCCGUGCCUUAUCGGCUUCACGGCUGACGCCGACGGCUUAUCGCCGGCGUUAUCUGGCUCACCGCUGCUCUCUCGGAACCCUUGCGUGUCCUCGAGCAGAGAACUUUAAGCGUUUUCGUUGACGGCUGGGUUACGGCUUUACGGGAUCGUCCGAACAAAGUUUCUCUCUCCUUCUCGCUCUCUCUCUCUCUCCGUGUUCGUUCCUUUGCGAUAAUAAAUGAUUCGCUUUUAUCCUCAGUUUUGAUGUACUUACUCGCGAGUGUGUCCGUUUAAAACUCUUCGUACGUUUCUUGAGCGAUAGGGUGAGGUUUUUGAAAAAAGAAAGAAGAGAAGAAGAGAAAGAAAAGGAACAGAAAGAAAAAAGAAAAGGAAGAAUAGAAAAAGGGCGGACGACGAUGCAACUUGAACUACACGCUCGAACGAUCGGAUUCUGACGUUCAACAGGUGUUCGCCUGUGAGGUGACUCGCGAGCGUGCGACAACAAACGUGUAACUGUCGUCGCGUAGCCUCGCGUUUUUCGCUGGAAGGCAUAACGAAAGGGAAGAGGAAGGGCCGAGAAGGCUCGAGUAUCGCCGUGAACAUUCUCGAGGUCGAGUCUCGUCGAACGGAUUGGAGAUGUCCGCGGGUUAUUGAGAGAAUGAGGGAGCUGGACACCGAGAGUCCUGUCGUCUGGCCGGCCUGGUGUUACACUGGUGAAGCGUCUGGUGAGAACGCGUCCACGGGUACUGGAUCUCGUGGUGGCGAUCGUGGAGAAGCAGCGGAUUUAGGAACGCACACGGAAGAGAACGAGGAGACCACCCUGGCCGCGAACACAGCGGUCGACGGCAGGGGCGGAAGCCCCCAGGACGCCCACCUCUCGGGUUCGGCUACUAGCAGGCCUCCAAGAGGCAGAAGACGUCAAAAUCAGAAUGGUCUCGAUACCGCUCAAGUUAAAACGGAACGACUCACACCCGACAAUAACUCGACCUCGUCGAGAAGCGUAACGCCAUCGUCGUCGAGUCAUCCAGGCACGCCGCCAAAUGCGACAUCCCUCGGUGGACCCGAAGGGCCACCACCACCGCCGCAUCAUCUCAAGCACAUGGAACAGAUGAUGGGACGAAACUGCAGCGAUUUUAUGAGAAGCCUCGCCGCGAAGUACAACAACGCCAAUCCCAACGAUUACUUCAGUACCCUAAGAAACGGCUAUCCUCCUGGUUUGGAUCCCAGGUUUCCUGCGUUUAAGACCGCAGCCACACCGUUCGUAGGUCUAAUGGCCCCUCUUGGCGCGCCACAACCAACCACCGUUCAAACCACCUCGCCUCUAUCCAACAAGGAUCCCAAGGAGCAGAAACAGGACAGCAUAUUCGGAAACCCGGUAUUUCCUCCUAUGCUCGAUAUGUCGUCGACGCAAGCGCUUUUGCACAUGGUGCGAACGGCUAAUGCGGCACAAAACGCUGCCGAACUCGAGACUUAUCUCAAGGGUGCGAACAAACGUGACGCGGGAGUGACGAGUCCUUUGGAUCUCUCGACUCCAGGAGGAUUCGCACCUCGUAAAAGGCAAAGGACGGAAACGAGGAGAUCAGGGAGCGUAUCUCCGAAACCCAAAGCUACUCCACCUGGUCCGAGCACACCGCCACCCGUCAGAUGUCCUUCCUUGUGCGGCCACAUGCCGUGCGGCGAUGGACAAGCGGUUAAUCGUUGGACCAUCGAGGACGUCGUCAAUUAUGUCUCCUCGAUCGACAUUUGCGCGGAAUACGCUCAGAAUUUCCGAGAGCACCGUAUCGACGGGGCCGCGUUACCGCUACUAUCGGAGGAACAUCUGACGGGACCAAUGGGUAUGAAACUGGGACCAGCCUUGAAGCUUCGAGCAAUGCUCGCGCGGAAGCUUGGGGCGUGUACCGUCUGUCUUCACUGUGCGCAUUGCCACAAGACGCAGCUACCUAUGCUAAGUACGGCAGCUGCAGCUGCUGUCGUCGUUCAGCAGCAACAGCAACACCAACAACAACAACAACAACAGCAACAACAACAACAGCAGCAGCAACAACAGCAACAGCAACAACAGCCACAGCAACAACAACAACAACAAUUGCAACAGGCACAGGGUAGACGUCCGAGUAGUACGGGUAACUGACAAAUACUGGCGGGGGCUCCCUCUUUCGGCCUUGAAGGAGCGCCUGCCAUUACGAUCGACUCUCCAGAUCCAAACAGAGCCCUGAGGAUAGAAAGGCGUAUUCCACGGCCGAUACGUAAACCAGAGGUUGUCUUCAAAAAACCGAUUAAACAGUGACACUAGGAGAGAUACUGUGUGCUUUCGGUUAAACGGAACGGGGAUGGGGGAGAAAAAUAACGAAAAAAGAAAAAAAGAAAAGAAAACACUUUUUACGAGACACCAAACUUUGUUUUGAACGAUGACGAGAUUACGAUGGUGUCACCAUGAGUGCCGUGAGUUACGUGUUCGUUCGAUAAGUGAACCUGUAUUCUCAUUCGCUUAACAUUUGACAUCGUCCAUGAAUUAUCAAAGAUACAUUUCGAUUCUUUUAAACGGGUUUAUGGUUUGAAUUUUCUACGUGACGAUUGAAGAAUUGAUAUUGAAAGGUAUCGAUUUACAAUACGAAUUAGAUACGAGAGAACAGAGACUUUAGUCGAUGUUGGUAACCUGUACCUAGUAUAAGAGUACCUAGAAUACUGCUCAGAGAUAUUUUCGGGCAUACGCAUGGAAUGACGUUAAUUUUUCUAUAUAUAUAUAUACAUAUAUAUAUAUAUGUACAUGUAUAUAUAUGUGUAUAUAUAUAUAUAUAUAUUUUUAUGUCAGAUAAAAGAGCGAAAGAGCAUCGGUAUAAAAUUUUCUUUAACGCCUAAGGUAAGCUCGUAAGUUAUAUAUCUACAUAAUUGUGUUGUGUGAGAAAAUCGAUAAUAUAAGAAAACGCGUGCCUACGCUCGAAAUGUCUUCCAGAAAGUGUCGUUAACGAUCGCAAUCAUGUUUGUUAUCGCGUUAUACAUACAUUUAAUAAUCCAAUAUGGGUCGCGAGAACUUAAUAAAAUAUAUGCGAUACGCGAGUAAUGUGUGUGAACGAAAGAAAAGAGAAUCGAAGAAUGAAUCGAAGAAUGUACGUGCGUGAAAAGGAAAAAAAGAAAAAAGAAAAAAAAAAAAAGAAAGAAAAAAGAAACCCGAUAUGUAACUAUUAUUCGAGAGAAUCAUGUGCAAUAAACAAUACGCGGGUUUCGCCGAGGAUGUACUUUUUAAACGAAUAAUAUUAGAUUAGAAAUUAAUAUGAAAUAACUAAUUCGCACCGAUCGUUGUUCCGUUUAUAUAUUUUAACGACGUUUUUUACAUCGACGAUUGUAACGAUUAAUAUACUAAAUUAUAUUUUUGCUAACGCUCUAUUGCAAAAAGAAAAGAAAUAGAGAGGGAUAGAGAGAGAUAAAGAAUUUGCAUAUAAAGUACGAGCGGCGGAACCGUUUAGAGAAUUGUACAUUUUCUUUUUCUUUUUCGACGUUCGUUACGAGCGUUUAUUUAUUUAGAAACUAAUCGUUGCCUUAUCGUAUUCACUGUAAUAAUAAUUAAGAAUCGAACGACUGUAUGUAGUAGAGAUACAACGACGACGAGUAAGAACGGCGAACCUGCAUCGUCGAAAUAAAAAGAAAAAAAAAAAUUAUAGAAAUUAUCAUCGGUUCGUACGACGAGCAGUAUUUUUAGAUUUACAUUAGCCUAAAUUUACUGCAAGUUAUACAUAUAAUAAAUAUAUGUAUAUGUGCACGAGUACUUACGAGCAUUUCGAGAUUCGCCUUUAUGAUGAAACCGAAAAAAUAAUUAAUUAAUUUCCCUUUGAUUAUAUUAUUGUCACUAGCGAUGCGUUAAUUUGUUUCAUAUUUAAUAAAACUUGAUCAUUUUGUAAUUAUCGUGUAUGACACAAACAAGCUUCUAUAUCGUUGCCAAUUAUAAAAAGUUUCGUUUGUCCACUUGUUUGUGUCGUAUGGGAUACUGAUUUUUCUUCUCUCUCUUUUUUCUUUCUUCCUCUUAAAAUUUAAAAUGAAAAUUGAAGAAAAAUCUCUACGUUAGAAUUAGAUUUUAGGAGAAUGCGAAUCUCGAUGAUGUGAGAGAGUACUCGAAUCAGCGGCUUUUACUUAAAAAGAGAAAGAAAGAAUCAUUGUACAUAAUUGCUUAAGCAUUUAUUUAUAUUGUGCUUUUACAAAUGGACUCGUAGUAUUUUAUUCAACGUUAUAAACGAAGUAAACAAUUUCGGUCGGCGGAUUGAUCUAUACAAGAGGGUAAAAAGAGAGAGGAAAAGAAUUAUACAUAUAUAUAUAUAUAUAUAUAUACAUAUGUAUAUGAAGGCAAAAUCGCAUCUUUGUAUCAGUGUUGGGCAAUACUUCAUUCAAUUAAUGAUUAAUUAUUCAAUCGUUAUAAUUUGAAUUAUUUAAAUUAUUAAUAGAUAGAUUAAUGAUUAAUAAUUGAAGUUUUGGUCGUGAAAUUAAUAUCUGUUUUUAUAUAUUUUUCUUAUUUUCCUGAUAAUUAUUAUACGUAUAUUAUCCUUAUUAUUAUUUAAAAAUUAAUUAAUAAAUGAGAUCAAUGUGUCUCUAAGAAACAGCUUGUUAAUGAUUUCGUUUCAUAAUCGCGUACAAAAUAAUACAUUUCAAUGAUCGACAUUAUAUUUACGAAGUAGUUCGUCAAUGUGCGAGUUUAAAUUAUUUAAGAUAUUUUAAAUGUAGGACAGGUAAAAUCAUUGACUUCAUAAAAUCAAGAAGAAUACAUAGGAACAAAUAUUCACGGCGAUGAUUACAUAAUUAAUUUCAUCGUAUAACAUUUUUAAUAUUAAAAUAAUAUUAAUAUUAUUUUAAUAUUAAAUAAAAAACAAGUUUAAUCGUUAAUUGAACUUAUUGUCCAAAAUUGGCUUUGUAUCGAUAGAAACGAAGCUGUACAACAGUACAACAAAGAGGAACGGUUAACCAGUUUUGUGAUAAAAACCUAUAAUUUCAUUCAUUUCUAUACAUAUACACACAUACAAACCUCUCCUCAGUUUUCUUUACGUUGUUUACUUACGACUUCGAUCUAUAUUUCUCACUCAUCUCCCUUUUCUUUUUUUUUCUUUUUUUUUUUAACUUCUCAUUGCGAGUCUGUCGUGUAUUAUUUUACGUUUAACUGUCAUAAUAUGUAUAGUAGAAAUUAAUGGUGAAAAGAGAAAAAAAAACAGUACAUUGUUUCUGUUACAAUAUAUUUGUUGAAAGAUA